AUGAACAAUCAUGAAGACAUAAAUAAUUUCUUUACAAUUUAUUUUAUUCUCGAUAAUGACCAAGAAGAAAUAAGAAACAGUGUGGAUUAUACUAAUGAUGGUAUGCUUGAAUCAUUACUUAGUGCUUUUGCUAGUAGACUUGGAAGACUUAACAGAAAUGGAGAACAAUAUGAUGAACAUGUUCAUAGAAUUUAUAGAAAUUUGUCUAGAAUACUUACCAAUAGAAGUGAGUCGUCUAGUAAUACAUCACAAGUGCCUAUUACUACAAACAGAGAGAAUUCUCAAUUUUUUGUUAUUUUUGAUUUUUUUGUAAAUGGAAGUAAUGUUUCAAUGGAAGUAGAAAGGCCACAUGCAAGUCUUAAUGAUACAAUUUUGUUAUUUGAGACAAUACUGUCUAUGCGUGAGAAUAAAAAGAAGAUAAAAAAAGAGCAGCUAAAUAAAUUUAAAAGAUUUAGAGUUACGAAAAAAAUGCUUAAAGACGAUUGCACAAUUUGUAUGAAUAAAUUUAAAAAUAGAGAACUGGCACGAAUUCUUCCUUGUGAGCACACAUUUCAUAGUAAAUGUGUAGAUAAAUGGUUAACAUCACACAGUAACACGUGUCCUGUUUGUAGAAAAGAACUGGUUUAA